UGGUCCCCUCUGCCCCUUGAGCUCGGGGCAGGGGCCUGGGGGCAGUGCCGGUUCCCCUCCUUGGGCAGAGCGGGGGUCUCUCCCCUCUCACUGAGCGGCAGCAGCAGCAGCAUCGGCCAUGGACAAGCUGCCCCCCUCCAUGCGCAAGAGGCUCUACAGCCUGCCCCAGCAGAUCGGACCCAAGGCGUCGAUCAUGGACGAGGAGGAUGACAGCGACAAGGACACCCGGAGGAAAAGCAUCAGGCUGAAGCCACUGCCUUCGCCCUCUGCUGGGAGCACACGGGCCCUCGGGGGGGACCCCGGCAGAGGGGGAGACCCCGGCCUCCUGGAGACGGAGGCCGGCGGCAAGGGCGCCAAGACCAGCACCAACGGGGACUGCCGCCGCUUCAAAGGGAGCCUGUCCUCGCUGACCAGCAGGCACCUCCACGACGCGGCCGAGGAGAAGAGGCUGAUCGGCGGCGAAGGGGAGCCGGCCUCCCCCAGCGAGGACAAGAGCCCCCCCGGCAGUGGGGAGCUGGAGCAGGGGCUGCCGGCGCCCCCACCGCCCGCAUCCCCCCCGGAGCCCCAGCAGCCCCCCCGGGCCUGCUCCUCCACUUCCAUCAAAGUGGAAGGAGGUGGAGGGUGCGACCAGAUCACCCCAGAUGAGGAGCAGAGGCUGGGCCAAGCCGGUUUCAUGCAGAGGCAGUUCGGGGCCAUGCUCCAGCCGGGGGUCAACAAAUUCUCCUUGAGGAUGUUUGGCAGCCAGAAGGCCGUGGAGAGGGAGCAGGAGAGGGUUAAAUCUGCCGGGUUCUGGAUCAUCCACCCCUACAGCGACUUCAGGUUUUAUUGGGAUUUGACCAUGCUGCUCCUGAUGGUAGGGAACCUGAUCAUCAUCCCUGUGGGCAUCACUUUCUUCAAGGAUGAAAACACUACCCCAUGGAUUGUCUUCAAUGUGGUUUCGGACACGUUCUUCCUCAUCGACCUUGUCCUCAACUUCCGAACAGGCAUCGUGGUGGAGGACAACACCGAGAUCAUCCUGGACCCGCAGAGGAUCAAGAUGAAGUACCUCAAGAGCUGGUUUGUGGUGGAUUUUAUCUCCUCCAUCCCCGUGGACUAUAUCUUCCUGAUCGUGGAGACCCGCAUUGACUCCGAGGUGUACAAGACGGCCCGGGCCCUGCGCAUCGUGCGCUUCACCAAGAUCCUGAGCCUGCUGCGGCUGCUGCGGCUCUCCCGGCUCAUCCGCUACAUCCACCAGUGGGAGGAGAACGACUCCUGGGGGAAGCAGUAUUCCUACGCGCUCUUCAAGGCCAUGAGCCACAUGCUGUGCAUCGGCUACGGGCAGCAGGCGCCCGUGGGCAUGUCGGACGUGUGGCUCACCAUGCUCAGCAUGAUCGUGGGGGCCACCUGCUACGCCAUGUUCAUCGGCCACGCCACCGCCCUCAUCCAGUCCCUGGACUCCUCCCGCCGCCAGUACCAGGAGAAGUACAAACAAGUGGAGCAGUACAUGUCCUUCCACAAGCUCCCGGCGGACAUGAGGCAGCGCAUCCAUGACUACUACGAGCACCGGUACCAGGGGAAGAUGUUUGAUGAGGAGAGCAUCCUGGGGGAGCUGAGCGAGCCCCUGAGAGAGGAAAUCAUCAACUUCAACUGCCGGAAGCUGGUGGCCUCCAUGCCCCUGUUUGCCAACGCAGACCCCAACUUUGUGACGUCCAUGCUGACCAAGCUGCGGUUCGAGGUGUUCCAGCCGGGUGACUACAUCAUCCGCGAGGGCACCAUCGGCAAGAAGAUGUACUUCAUCCAGCACGGCGUGGUCAGCGUCCUCACCAAGGGCAACAAGGAGACCAAGCUGGCCGACGGCUCCUACUUCGGAGAGAUCUGCCUGCUGACGCGGGGCCGGCGCACGGCCAGCGUGCGAGCGGACACCUACUGCCGCCUGUACUCCCUGUCCGUGGACAACUUCAACGAGGUGCUGGAGGAGUACCCCAUGAUGCGCAGGGCUUUUGAGACCGUGGCUCUGGACAGGCUGGACAGAAUUGGCAAGAAGAAUUCCAUUCUGCUGCAUAAAGUCCAGCAUGACCUGAAUUCGGGUGUUUUCAACUACCAGGAGAAUGAGAUCAUCCAGCAGAUCGUGCAGCACGACAGGGAGAUGGCUCACUGUGCUCACAACGUCCAGGCCGCUGCCGCCGCCGCCUCCACACCCACCCCGGUCAUCUGGACCCCACUGAUCCAGGCGCCCCUCCAGGCUGCAGCAGCCACCACGUCCGUGGCCAUCGCCCUGACCCACCACCCCCGGCUCCCCACAGCCAUCUUCCGUCCACCCGUGUCCGUGCUGGGCUCCCUGGGGCAGCAAUCCAACCAGACUCCCAGGCAGCUGAAAAGAUUUCAGUCCCUAAUCCCAUCAACCGGCCCCUCUGCCGUGGGCUCUCCCUCCAGUACUCCCUCCCAGCUGCACACACCCGGAGCAGAAACCCCCUCGUCCUCUUCCUUCCACAUCCAGCAGCUCGCAGGGUUCUCAGCUGCCGCCGGCUUAGGCCAGUUCCAGUCCGGUGUCGCCUCUCCCUGUUACACCCCUUCUGGCCUUAGUCCUCCCAGUCAGAGCCCAGUGGCAACAAGAACUUUCCAGAGUGGCCCUGCCGGGCCCACAGGCUCUCACGGCUCGCUGCUGCUGCCCCAGCCCGCCAGCCCCCCUGCGCAGAUCCUGCAGGCCAAGGGCGCGGCGCCGGUGCCGCCGGGACGGCUCAACCAGGACAUCAAGCUGAUCUCUGCUUCCCAGCCAUCUCUGCCCCAGGAGCUGGCGCAGACACUGGGCCACAGUUCUCCUCAUUCCUCUAGAGAAUCUGUUUCCAGCUUCUCUCCUUUUCCUGGAGGAGGGACUGGACUUCUGGGGAAGCCUUGCAGCUCGAUCCCCGGGCGCGUGACUUUGCCGCGGCAGAUGUCCUCAGGGUCUUUGCCACACCCGCUGGUGUUCGGGGCCGGCGCCGCUCCUCUGACUGCUGGUGGGCGCAAAGAAUCCAUAGUGCUCACAGGGGAUCUGGAGCCCGUCAGAUCCAAACUGCCCUCCAAUUUGUGA